AUGCCAACUGAGUUUAACUUUGAUGGGAACUGGGGUGCAAGAAAGGUUGCCGUGGGCGACGUCGUGCAAGCGCUGAGCUACUUCCCACCGAUGGGCGUAUAUGUCGUGAGCACUACACAGCUGGUACCUUUUGACCUGGCCGAGGACGAUGGGAGUAUCGCGAAGGACGAAACAACUUUACAACCGGAGGUGGAAAGCGGGGCGAUCAAAAUCUUGUCACCAUUAAACUGGAGUGUUGUUGACCAGUUUAAAUUUGCACAUAACGAAAUUGCGUUGGUAGUGAAGACGAUCGAGAUGGAAAUCUCGGAGCACACAAAGGAGCGAAAACAGCUUGUUGCUGUGGGCACGGGUAUAUUCAAGGGGGAAGACCAUUCCGCAAGAGGUGGGAUUUACGUCUUUGAGAUAAUUGAGGUUGUGCCAGAGCCCGGAAAGCCAGAGACGAACUGUAAGUUGAAGCUUGUGUGUCGUGAGGAAGUAAAGGGGACCGUAUCUGCUAUCUGUGGGGUCAAUGGAUACCUUCUCGCCGCGCAGGGUCAAAAGAUAAUGGUACGAGGUUUGAAAGAAGACCAGUCUCUUCUCCCAGUGGCGUUCAUGGACAUGAGUAUGUAUGUCACUGUUGCAAAGAACCUCGACGGCAUGAUACUAUUUGGAGACUUCAUGAAGAGCAUCUGGUUCACCGGUUUCUCUGAAGAGCCGUAUAAGAUGACAUUGUUCGGAAAGGAUACGCAAACACUCGAAGUUGUUGCCGCCGACUUUUUGCCCGAUGGCAACAAGCUAUAUUUCGUGGUUGCAGAUGCGGACAGCAAUAUUCAUGUUUUGCAAUACGAUCCCGAGCAUCCUAAAUCUCUCGCAGGUCAGCGUUUAAUCCGCCGCGCCGACUUCUUCGCCGGCCAUGAAGUCAAGACCCUUACGAUGCUCCCACGGUCUCGCCCAAUCGCUUCAGACCCCGACCCAGAUGUAAUGGACACUGUCACAGACACCCCCGAAGAAUUCCUUGUCCUAGCAGGGACCCUUACCGGCUCUCUCGCCAUGAUCACCACGCUCCCAGAAACCAGCUACCGUCGCCUCAACAUCGUGCAAGGCCAAAUUGUAAGUGGCGAAGAGCAUACCGCAGGAUUGAACCCCCGAGGAUACAGGGCCGUUGUCAGUAGCGGAGCCGCGGGUGUCGGAGGCGACCUCCUGAGAGGAGUGUUGGAUGGCGCCCUGGUUCGUAGAUGGAUCGGCUUUGGGGAGGGUAGAAAAUCGGAGAUUGCAAGUAAGGCUGGAAAUGAUAUUCAGGGGAUCAGGGAGGACCUGAAAGGGCUGGAGGGGGCGCUAUUAUAUUUGUAG